UGCACUGAAAGCGGCCGUUAGUUUUGCUUCCGGGUCGGAGAGAAAUGAACGUUGGAGACACAUUUUUGCUCCACAAAACGUGCGUUUUUAGACGGGAAACUCAUUUUAAGUGUGUCGCACGGACUACACAGGAGAUGCUUGUGGUUUUUCUAAGGCUUCCUCACACCUGCCAGGAUGGACCUUGGUAAGGCAAAGCUUCUUAGGACGGGUCUCAACUCUCUACACCAAGCCAUCCACCCUGUGCACGGGAUAGCGUGGACGGACGGCAAGCAGGUCUGCCUGACGUCUUUCUUCUUCCUCAAUGGCGAGGUGAAGUUUGGGGACACCAACGUCAUCGGCCAGUUCGAGCACGUCUUCGGGCUCUUCUGGGGCCCGCUCUGCUGCUCGGACUCACCUGCCUUGCUGGCGGUCCAGCACAAGAAACACGUUACGGUGUGGCAGCUGCAGCUCAGUGCUCUCGAGCAGAACAAGCUGCUGUGCAGUCAGACCUGCGAGAUGAGCGAGCCUUUCCCCUUGCUCUCCCAAGGCUGCGUGUGGCAUCCCAAACUUGACAUUCUGGCCGUGUUAACCAAGAGGGACACUUCUGUGCUGUUUUCUGUCAGGGUGGACAACAGGAGAACCAAAGCAGAUAUCAAAGGUAGUGGACUUAUCCACUGUGCGUGCUGGACUAAAGACGGCACACGCCUGGUGGUUGCUAUCGGCAGUGCCCUUCACUCUUACAUCUGGAACGACAUCCAGAAGAGCCUGGUGGCCUGCUCCUUCUGCCCCAUCUUUGAUGUGGGAGGCUACAUCUGUGCCAUCGAGCCCACGGGUGAGGCUCAGGUAGCAGUGGCUACAGAGCUGCCUCUGGAUAAACUCUGUGGGUUAAAUGCCGGCAUAGCGUUCGACAUGCCGGCUGAGGGUGAGUCCCUGCAGGACCACGGCUCGCAUGCACUCAUCUCAGAGGAGGCCAGCCAUGUGGACUCACGAAGGAGAUCUUUUUCGGAGAGAUCCUACAUCCCCAGCUCCGGCCCCGUAGACCUCACCCACGUCUUGGCAAGACACCGUCGCUCUGACCCCAGCCCCCUCAUUCACCUGCGUCGUCGAGACACGAUGACGGGGUCAGGCCAGGACUCCUCACACCUCAUCCUGGUCACCUAUGAGCGCAAAGUCACUACCACCCGCAAAGUCAGCAUCCCGGGGAUUUUGGUUCCCGACAUUGUGGCUUUUGACCCGCGUGGCUCCACGGUGGCGGUGGCCUCCAACACUUGCAACAUGGUGCUUGUGUACUGCAUCACAGCCUCUGCCAUGCCGAACAUUCAGCAGAUCUCUCUGCAGACAAACGACAGGCCCAAAGGUGUGUGCUUCCUUAAUGACAAGAUGCUGCUGUUGAUGGUGGGCAGGCAGAAGUCCAAUGACCCUGCCUUCCUCCCGUCUUCUAACACAGAUAAAUAUAUCCUCCGUCUGUUUGCCAAAGAGUUGGUCUAUGAUGGAGAGACUCCCAUCACACCAUCCCCCUCUACUCACAACCACGAGUCCACCUCUAAUUUCUUUGCAGGGAUUAGGAGGCACUCGGAGCACAUAUCUAGGGACGACAGGGAGCGUCCAGGGAUAAAGGACUUGCUGUUGCCUGGAGGGGGAGUAAUUCGUUCACCAGGCAACAGGCGCAGGCUGGUGGAGGAGGUGAAGAGCGUCGAGCCCAGCCCCGUCACCAGCUCUGUGGACUUCUCUGACCGAGCCACGUCCAGUGCCUCCUCCAUCACGGUGGAGAAUUUCGACAUGGACCACAUCAAUCGCAUGUCCAGCCUGGCGGUGGCCGGCCAGACCAGCAGGGACUCCAGCCGGGCCAGUUCUCCUCGCCUCGAGCCGUCAGACAAACUCCACAUGGAGCCGACACUUCCCAUGCCUGAGAAGACAUCGGGCCUCGCCAGGGAGCGCGCGCUGGAGCAGCUCGUUCACAACAUGGAGCGGCUUUUUACUCGCUUUUCAGACGUGCAGCAGUGCCUGAGCGAAAUCAGAGAUUAUACACAGAAUGGCAAGAAGGCCCUGACUGUCUACCCCAAUGCCUCUGAACCCCCCUAUGUCAAUGUCACAUGUCAGAAGCAGCUAUCGGAGAACGUGUUCAUCGACGAGCGGCGGCCGGUGCUGCUGUGCGAAGGAAAGCUGUGUCUGCGUGCCCUCCAAGACCUCUUCAACCUAACUAUAGUGGAGAUGAUGUAUGGUCCCUUAUGGGUUGUUCUCGUGGCAGAUCCAGAUGGCUUCGUGCCUCUGACGUUCAAACCCAAGGAGGAGCUUACAGUGCGGAACGGGAAGCGGAAAACAAACCUACGGGCUCCCGGGAGUCCGGAGACCUCCUGCCCGUCCAGUCCGGCCCCCUGCCAAAACCCCAACACAACUACAGAGGCUCCCGUAUAUUAGUGCCUCCCAACACACACCUCAGUUUAUGGACUCACACAGUAGUAACUUUUAAUGUAUUUGUCUGGAUCCAAGAAUGCACGCAGAACCUCACUAAUGCAGACACCCAGAGUUAUAUGUCAAAUUUAUUUUUGUACUUAAACAGAUUUUAAGAAGGGCUGCCGAUGCCGAGAUAUUUACAUGGUUUUCUGUCGACAAAAUGCAGUUGAGAUGUUGAGGUCUAAAUCUUGUGACUCAUCAUCAUCAUCAUCAUCAUGUGACUGUACAAACAGCUUUGAGUGUGUUUUUUGGUGUGUUUGAGACAUGCUGUCAAUCGUCCUGACGUCCUGAUACAAGACGAGAAGAAUCGAAGCUAAUGCAAGAUGUAAACGUUUUGUUUUCUUUCUGUAUUUUUCUUUUUAACGGAAUCAAGAUUUCACCCAUAAAAUGAACGUUUUACCCAUUCUGAAAUUCCACUUUUGUUCAAAUGUUCCUCGUAUCAUUGAACCUUUUUACUCAGGCCCUCUGAGAAUAUCUUAAAAAUGAGUCAGUUGCAAUGUUAUGAACACAACUGGCCACUAGAGGGGGGAACACUCCACAGAAACUUAGCUGUUUGCAUUCAGAGCUCGCAAGAAGACCAAAGAAGUAUAAAUGUGCAUGUCGAUAAAAUAGAUCUUUUGGUAGCUCUUUAAAUAUUAAAUUUGUGUAACUAUCGUG